AUGAGCCGAAGUAGCUACAGCUAUGAAGACGAGGAUGACUACAACGUUCGCUACCAGAAACGUGGACCAUCUCCGGCCGCGGGCGUUCGUUAUGUCGCAAGUCCCCAACGUCCACAAAACUAUUUCAACGCACCUCCGGGGCCCAGCUACCUCGGAGCUGAUCGUCUCAAUAUAACAAGCAUACACCGAUCUAAUUCUCGCUCCCGUUCCCGGGACGUCUCUCGAACACGAGAACGUCGAACGAGCAGCCCGCCAGUUCCAGCUCCUGUGAUCAUCACCAACAAAAUCUACAAUGAUUUGUCUUCUGAUGAUGAGGAUGACCGUCGCAAGAAACAAGUCUCGCGAUCGUCUCGUCGGCGGCGCUCUCGCUCGUCGUCCUCAUCAUCAUCGUCGUCAUCCCGUUCUCGGUCUCGGUCUCGGUCAUCUGCAUAUAUGACUCGAGAAGCAUGGGAAGCUGAGAGAGCUCGCAAAGAGCUCGAGGACUUGCGACUUGCCACAGCGCGUGAGAAGGAUGAGCGGAAAUUAGUUAAGCAGUUCCGUGAUGAGUGGGAGGCCGAACAAGCGCGUAAGGACCUUGAGAAGAACCGGCUCGCUAGUUCCCGUGAAAGAGACGAGCGACAGCGUGAAAAAGACGAGCGGAAGCUAGUCAAGGGAUAUCGCGAAGAGUGGGAAGCGGAACAGUCCCGCAAAGAGCUUGAGAAGAUGCAUCUUACUCAUACUCGAGAGGAGGAAGAGCGGCGACGCCUGAGAGAGAUUCGAGAAGAGGAAGAACUCAAGCAGGCCAAGCGCGAGCUAGAAAAGAUCAAGGGCCGCAAAGCUCGUGCAGAAGAGGAGGAUCGCAUUAAAAAAGACAUUGAGCUAAGGCGGCUCAAGGAAGAAGACGAGGCCGCAGAAGAGAGGCAACGUCGCGAGAAGGAGGCCAAUUCUGCGGUUGAGGAUUAUAAACGGAGGGAACUCGAACGUAUUACAAAAGAGAAGAAACUUAAAGACCAGAAGGAGAAGGAGGCUGCCGAAGCCGUUGAACGCUACAAACAAGCGGAAAAGGAUCGUAUAGCAAAGGAGAAGGCCGAGAGAGAGGCCAAAGACAGGGAGUACCAAAAACGUCUGAAAGAAGACCUCAUCAAGUCCGGGCUCGAUGACAAAGCUAUUGAGGCUAUCAUGAAGAAGGAAAAGAUCAGGAAAGAACAGUCUAAUCCUCGGCCUCAACAACAGCCUCUGCCGCACGGGAUGCCUGGUCCAGCCCACCAAUACGCCCCAGUCAACCAAAUUGCCACCAUCUCUCCUCAUCCAGCCGGUCAAUACGCUCCUGUCAACCAGAUUGCUAACGUCCCUCCUCACCCAGCUGGCCAGGUUGCUCGCCCAACUUAUACACGCAUGGCUCGUCGUCACUUGUCUAUCGAGUCAUUGCGUGAGUUUGGUGUUGAAUUCGACUUUGAUGCGGAUCCCGACUACGUACUCAUCCGACGUUGGGUUCCCGAAUGGGAACAGGACCGACUAUGGAAACAUACCAAGCUAAUCCGCGAGAAGCGGAGCAAGAUGCUUAUGGUCGAGGAGAAGAGACACGGAAGAGAUGAGCCAGAGUUUGAGUGGGUGCGCAAAAAGUCAGAUAAGCACAGCCGUCGCAGAAGCAAAUCGCCUUCGCUUCUAAUGUACUUGGCUGGUGUACGCCCGGCGUAA